AUGUUGGCGUGGACCGCGUGUUGGUUCGGUUCAACAGAAAAUCUGGCUGAUAACAACCGGUCACCACACGACAAAUAUAAUCGGCUGAGCAGGUCAUUCAACGCCGGCUUCAAUACUCAAGCACCAGAGCUCGCGUUAAUUCCUUCGCUGUGGUCUGUGUUGGCCACACGUCUCUCAGCUGCACCACUUCUUCUAUUUUCCGGUGAACUCAAUUACCCGGAGGCUACCUGCUCCGCCGAAGCUUAUGUGAUUCUUGUUAAAGCAGUUUACUUGGAGGUGUUGGGAGUUUUUCUUAACAAAACAAAUUGCUUAGAGAAAACAAUGGACUUUUUCUUCAAGGGGUUGAAUGAAGAGGCAUCUGAUUGUUCCUUCAAUGAGCAGGACAUUAAGAAAUGUCCAUUCUUGAGGAACAUCAACAAACCGACCGACUUCUCUUUCUCUUCUGUGAAUUUCUCUCUUCCUGUAAGGGGAGGCAAAGGUCCUAUAUUUGAGGAUGGCCCCAAUUUUGAUAUAGCUUUCAAACUUUUCCAUGGGAAAGAUGGGGUUGUCCCACUCUCAGGAAGGUCUCACUUUCAUGAUAACAACCCAGAACCUGAGCCUGCACCUCUCUUUAACCCUUUAGCUGCAAAAGCAGCCACCAUCAGUUUUUCGGCAUUUGGAUCAGGAGGGCCAUUCAGUUUUCAUUCUUUCUCUGAGAAAUGGAAGAUGCAGAAAAAGAAAGAAUCAUCCUCUCAGGGAGAUUCGUCAAAACAUGAGGCACUGGGAAAUGAGUGGUUGGAAACGGGGAACUGCCCAAUUGCCAAGUCAUACAGAGCCGUGAGCCAUGUUUUGCCCCUCAUGGCAACUGCUCUUCAGCCACCAGCUGGAAUGAAGUUUAGAUGCCCACCUGCGGUGGUUGCAGCCAGAGCUGCCCUUGCCAGGACUGCCUUUGUUAAGACUCUGCGCCCUCAGUCAUUACCCGCAAAGAUGCUUGCGAUUGGAGUCUUGGGCAUGGCAGCUAACGUCCCACUGGGCAUCUGGAGGGAACACACUAGGAAAUUCUCAAUAUCAUGGUUUGCUGCAGUGCAUGCAGCAGUGCCCUUCAUAGCCAUGCUUAGGAAGUCUUCUUGA